AUGUCUCUAUUCAAUUUGAAUUUGGCUUUUAUAAUUGUGGCUGCAUUAUUGUUGACCACUACAAUGGCUCAAUCUCCCGCUUCAUCUCCGAUCAAAUCGAGAUCGAAGUCUCCGAGAAAAGCAAUAUCUCCGUCACCAACUGUCGUGACUCAACCACCUGCUUCUUCUCCCGCCAACGGAGGUUCUCCUCCUAAACAAUCGGCAUCUCCUCCGGCGAUCUCUCCUUCUUCCAUCUCUGGUCCACCAUCUGAAGCACCGGGACCUGCUUCCACCGGUGCCGUUUUGAACAGAGUCUCUGUGGCUGCUGGAUCUGCGCUUCUGAUUUUCGUAGCUGCUUUAAUCAUGUAG